CUCGCGGGCGUGGAGGCAGACUGGGCUUUGCAUCCCUCCUUUGUUUUCCCUGGUCUUCGGCUGCCGAACCAUGGCCUGGGCGGCGGCGGGGAACCGCGGAGCCCGCGGCGCGCUCUCGGCGCGCACCUUACUGUUUGACCUGCCGCCCGCGCUGCUAGGCGAGCUUUGCGCGGUCCUGGACAGCUGCGACGGCCCGCUGGGCUGGCGCGGCCUCGCGGAGCGGCUUUCAAGCAGCUGGCUGGAUGUUCGUCAUAUUGAAAAACAUGUAGAACAAGGUAAAAGUGGAACAAGAGAAUUACUUUGGUCCUGGGCGCAGAAAAACAAGACCAUCGGUGACCUUUUACAGAUUCUUCAGGAGAUGGGUCAUCAUCGAGCUAUCCAUUUAAUCACAAACCAUGGAGCAGCCUGGAAUCCUUCAGUGCAGAGUCAUCAGAGAAAUGAAUUUCCAAACAUGCCAUCCAAGGAAACAGCAAAUGUCACAGUGGAUAAUGUUCAUGUUCCUGAACGUAAUGAAAAAGGAAUGUUACUCAGAUCCUCCAUCAGCUUUCAAAGCAUCAUAGAAGGAACCCAAAAUUUCCACAAAGGCUUCCUAAUAGGAGAAGGGGAGGUGUUUGAGGUCUACAGAGCGGAGAUUCAAAACCGAGCAUAUGCCAUUAAAUUAUUUAAACAGGAGAAAAAAAUGCUAUGUAAGAAACAGUGGAAGAAGUUUUUAUCUGAGCUUGAAGUUUUACUACUGUUUCAUCAUCCAAACAUACUGGAGUUGGCUGCAUAUUUUACAGAGACUGAGAAGUUCUGUCUGGUUUAUCCGUAUAUGAGAAAUGGAUCACUUUUUGACAGAUUGCAAUGUGUAGGUAAAACAGCCCCACUCUCUUGGCACAUUCGAAUCGAGGUAUUAAUUGGAACAUCCAAAGCCAUUCAGUACUUGCACAACACUGAACCAUGCUCAGUCAUCUGUGGCAGUAUAUCAAGUGCAAACAUACUUUUGGAUGAUCAGUUUCAACCCAAACUAACUGAUUUUGGCAUGGCACACUUCCGACCCCACCUAGAACAUCAGAGCUCUACCAUAAACAUGAACAACAGCAGCAGUAAACAUCUGUGGUACAUGCCGGAAGAGUAUAUCAGACAGGGCAAACUUUCCAUUAAAACAGACGUCUACAGCUUUGGAAUUGUAAUAAUGGAGGUUCUGACAGGUUGUAAAGUGGUGUUAGAUGAUCCAAAACAUAUCCAGUUGAGGGAUCUUCUUAUGGAACUGAUGGAGAAGAGAGGCCUUGAUUCAUGUCUUUCAUUUUUAGAUAAGAAAGUAGACCCAUGUCCUCGGAAUUUCUCUGCCAAGCUAUUCUCUUUGGCAUGCCAGUGUGCUACAACAAGGGCCAAGUUAAGGCCACUGAUGGAUGAAGUCCUAAAUACUCUUGAAAGUACUCAAGCCAGCUUAUAUUUUGCGGAAGACCCUCCUACAUCGCUAAAGUCCUUCCGGUGUCCUUCUCCUCUUUUCUUGGAUAAUGUACCAAGUAUUCCCGUGGAAGAUGAUGAAAACCAGAAUAUUCGUUCACUGCCUCAUGGUAAAGACUUGAGAGAAGAUAGAAUGACUCAGAAAAUUCCUUUUGAAUGCAGCCAGUCUGAGGUUACAUUUCUAGGCUUUGAUGGAAAGGCGGGGAGCUGGAGAAAUGAGGAUGCUUGCAACACACGUGGUUCUUGUGAAAAAAGUUGGUCCCCAAAGCAUGAAGCACCAUCCCAGGACUUAGGGGCCUGUGAUAUGAAUGUGGACACUUCUUCAGAGGCUGCCGCCGAUUCUCAUGGGACUGGGCUGGUGGAGUAGGGCUGCUCCUUUGAAUUUUCCUGGAAUGAAUGUGAACAGUAGAAAAGCACUGGAUUUCACCAGAAGAUAAAGAGCAAGUUAUGUUGAGUCCCCUGUCUAUAUGUAUCAUCUUGGGCAGGUAUUGCCUCAUAGGUAAUGCCAAGACAAUGAUUUGAUGGUGAGUUUGGAUGGUGUGGAUAAGCAAUCUAGACAAUUCCACUCUUUCCUUCCCAGCCCCCAAAACAGAGUGGCUUAAAAAAUAGUUUCAUCAGGAUAAUUGCCUCAUGAUCAAACCCAAAUUAAAUUAUGGAGAAAACAAUUAGAGCCAUUCAAACUCACUUGAGAUCAUGACCUAUGACUUAAGACACACAAAACACUCAAAACCUAUUAAAAAGGGACUGAAUUCUAAUGUCUUCUUCCAGCUAGUCAUCAGUGUGAGUUUUUGUUCUGCUAAUGUUUUGUUGGAUUUGAUUGUUUGGUUUCCUUUCUUGCAAAGGUUGUAGGAAAGGUCUUCAUUUGUAAAUAUUAAUAGAUGUCUUUUAAAGUAAUUACCAUUUUGCUUAUUUUGACUGGUCUGAAAAAGUGUCUCGGCUGACUUGGGGAAAUUAGAAUCAUGUGAAGUUGCCACAAAUAAUUCACAGAAGAGAUAAUCAAGAAUUGACUCAAGAAACUCUUUUUCACUUUGAAUCUGGACCUACCCAGUACCUUCAGUGAAGGGUCGUUAAAGAAGCUUUGAUUAACAUCAGGCUGAGCUAUUAUUCAAGGAGCCCUGGUGGCACAGUGGUUAAGGCACUUGGCUGCUAACCAAAAUGUCAUCAGUUCGAACCCACCAGCUACUCUGAGGGACAAGGACGUGGCAGUCUGCUUCUGUAAAGAUCUACAGCUUUGGAAACCCCAGGGGGCAGUUACUCUGUCCUAUAGGGUCACUAUGAGUUGGAAUUGACUUGACGGCAACGGGUUUGGUUUGGUUGGCUUGAGCUAUUACUCAGCACGUGUGUCACCAGUUGGUGUUACGCUGCUUUGAACAUGCUUAGUCACUUUAAAGCAGUGGUUCUCAAAGUUUAGCACACAGCAAAAUAACUUAGAACACCUGUUAAAAACACAACCCAGUUUCUGAUGUCUUAGGUGUGAGGUGAGAAAUUUGCCUUUCUAACACAUUCCCAGGUGUUGGUGAUGUUGCUGAUACGGGGCUUACACUUUGAGAACCACUUCCUUAGAGUGUUCUCACAUUGGUACAGGUCAGGGUGUUCUGCCUUUCCAUCUAGGUCGUAUGUUUUUUAGAAAAGAACCAUUUCUUUUAAUUCUUUUAUAUUCACCCUGUUAUCUAGGAUGCUGCUUAACAUACAGUAGGAGCUUGUUAUGGGUUGAAUUAUGUCCCUCCAAAAUAUGUGUUGUAAAUCCUAACCUGUGAGUCAGAAUCAACUCAACGGCAACUGUUUUGGUUUUGUUUUUUUAUGCCUGUGGUUAUCCAAUUUGGGAAUGUGUUAUCUUUGUUAUGUUUAUGAGGCAAGAUUAAUGUAGGGAGUAUUUUGAGUCAAUCUCUUUUGAGAUAUAAAAAAAUUAAACAAGCAGAAGGAGAAGAGGUGAGGGAAGAGAGAUUUCAAGCCACGUGAAGUUUGCCAAGGAGCCGAAGCUCAAAAGACAAGGACAUUCCUUCAGAGCUGACAGAGAGGGAAAGCCUUCCCCAGGAGCAGGCACUGUAAAUUGGACUUCUAGCCUCGUAAACUGUGAGAAAAUGUAAUUUUGUUUGUUAAAGUCAUCCACUGUGGUAUUUCUGUUAUAGCAGCACUAGAUGACUAAGGCAGAGCUCUAAAAAUAUUAUUGGCCAAUGAUCUUAUUGACUAGAUCACCCUGCUAGGAUCUGUUUGGAUGACUUAAAGACCAAGUCAUACUAGCUGGAAGUGACCUGAUUAAUGAUACGGUGAACAGAUGCCCCUAUGGCUGGGAAUACCAGAAUCUUCUAUUGAGUGAUCCAGUCCUCCUGACCAGACUUGCCUUCUAGUGGGUGCUUUAAUAAAUGUCAAUCGUUAGAAAUUAAGUCUUCCAUACUGCUAUAGGUAAUAGGAGGAUAUCUUUAUGGUUUUAUGAUGUGGAGACUAAAAUGCACACACACACAGACACACACACACAAAACAAGAAUGAGUGUUUCUUCUGAUCAGCAAAUAUGAAGUAGUAAAGAAUUUCACUCGUCUUCAUCCUUGUAACACACCAUGGGCAAUCCUCCAGGCAAGUCCUAUUUAUUAUGCUGUUAGGCCUUUUGUCCCAUUUAUAAUGCCCAAAACAUGGAGAAAAUGUUUUUUUGUUGUUGUUGUUUUAUUUUGUUUUUGAAAAUAGGUUUGUAAUUUCUGACGUAAUCAAUUUUAUUGACCUCUUGAGAGCUGUUUUAAUGAUCUGUGACUCACUGCGUAAUAGUGGAGUUUUAUGGGGUAAUACAUCAGCCUGUAUAAAACAACUUUUAUGACCCGGCGUGAGGUUGUAUAGGAAGUGAGGCUUAUCACGAGUAGCAUUUACUGAGCAUCUGCUAUAAUCAAAAAGAAGCCCUGAUGGCACAACGGAUAAGUGCUCAGCUGCUGACUGAAAGGUUGGCAGUUAGAACUUGCUUAGCAGCUCUGAUGGUCUGCUCCCAUAAAGCUUACAGCCUAGAAAACCCUUCAGGGCAGUUCUACUUUGUCACAUGAGGUCACUGUGAGUCGAUAUCAGCUCAAUGGCACCUUACAAGAACAACACUAGAAUCAAGGCACUUGUGUUAGCUACCAAGUUAACAAGUAAGGAGCAAGCUAUUUAGUAAGGGAAAAAAGGCAUAUACCUAAGUUAACAGUUAACUUUGGUGUCAUCUGUCAUUUGAACCACAAACCAGUGGAACUGAAAGUAAGUGCUGAAAAGAGCAAGAAGGAGGCAGAGAUUACUGUGCACUUUAGAGGGGGUAAGGAAGUCUUCUUAGAGAUGGCUUAUUGGAAAGAGAAGGGAUUAAAAGAAAAUAGAAAACAGUACUGGAGAAGCAUUCCAGGAGAGUUAUCCAGGGAAUUGGAGGCCCACACCUCUUCCAGAGUCCUGCACAACCCAGUCUCUGGGGUGAAGUGAAGGUAACUGUGUCAGGAACUUAAUUUUUUUCCUGUUUAAAGCUCAAAUCACCCUGAAGGUAUGGAUCCCAUUUUAUAGGUGAGGAAACUGACACAAGGAGGUUAAGUAACUUGUCUAAGGUCCUCCCAGGAUCUGGAGGGAUCAGAAUUUGGACACACAUCCAUUGACUUCAAAGCCCUUCCUCUUUCUUGUACUCCACAUUGCACAAAGAAGCCACUGUAGGUGCAAACUCAUAUGAAAAGGAAUGUGAAAAGUCGUUUGCUAAUUCCACAUGUAUCAUUAGACACACAGGGCUCCCCAUGGCUUCUGCCUUUUCACCAUCCUGCUACUCUGCUACAAGCACCCACAUCUGCAGUCAUUUGAUGUGAAUUAAAUGAAUUUAUCCAUCCAUUCAUUCAUUGAAUAAAUAUUUAUCAGUGGCCUCCCUUAUGUCAGGCACUGUUCUAGGAACUGGGGAUACUGUGAAGAUCAACAAAAAUUCCUGCCCUCAUAGUGUUUACAUUUGAGUGAAUAAAUGAGUGAGUGAAUAGGAAAAACCCUGGGAGAGAUUUAAUCCCAAUUUUAACACGAACUGAUUGCUUUCCCUGAGCCCUGCUGCAUUGCAGUGUGCUAUCUCAGAAUGUUCUCUGGAUGUAGGCCCCAGCUUCUCUGCCAGCUCUUUGGAAGAGGUCCAGAGAUGUUUCCUCCUCAUCCUGUUUUGAUGACCCCUUGGUGGCCUAUGGCUUUGCUAUUCACAUGCACUAGCUAGUCUGUAGCAUGCUGUUUGGUAGUCAUGACAGGUUACCCUAUUCUAUUGACUUAUGUUUUCUUCAGGGCAUAUAUUUGGCUACUAAUGGAAACUUCAGCGAGCUGCUUCUAAGGAACCUGAAGCACCUACAUGCAAUUCACCUCACUAUCACACUGCACUGGAAUUUGCCUGUUGACUUAUCUCUUCUCCUCUACAAAGCUAAAAGUUUCUUAAGGGCGGGGGCUAUGUCCUGCUCGUUUUUAUAUCCCCGGUACCUGGCACAUCAUAUGGCACAAUACAUAUUUGUCGAGUGAAUGAAUGAAAUUGUCUUCAAAAUUAUUGGUAUCUAGUAUUUUUUUUUAGUACUUCAAGACAUUCAUCUGGGUUUUUCCCAAAGGUUGUCUAAUGUUCAGACUAUCAUCAGUCAUUUACUUAAAUGGUUUCAUGUCACCAUUCUUGGACAGAAAUUAUUAAUUUUAAAUAUUAAUAUAUGAGAUACCUUUGAAAAGAAGAAUUAGACAUAGUAUAAAUUGCUUAUAAAUUUGCGUCAUGGCGGAAAAUAUUCCUGAACCAUAUGUAAGCAAUGAUAAACCAACAUUUUAGCAGAGGAUAAACUAAUGUCUGUUGUGUUUUGUUUUGGCCUUUCUAUCCCAAAUUAUUUAUGUGUAUUUGCUUGUUCAUGGACUUGACUUGCAAGUAUUUUACUGGGAGGUAUUUUUAGUCCAAAGAUCUAUACUGUCUACUAAACCUUCACUUAAGGGCCUUCUUACUGAGGUCAUCUGCCUCAUUGCAAACUUUUGCGGUCCUCUCCAUAAAUAGCAAGAGACUAUUUCCAGAGCUUUUUUGGCCCAUUUACAUAUCAAUAUUAAUUUGAAUCAGGGGGCAAGGAGGGAGGAAGAGCUCCCCUAUAGGAGAUUCAGACUCAGUUAACUUUUAUGUGUCUAGUUAUGUGCUAGGUGCUUUCGUAUAUCACUUAAGCUUUAAACAACCUAUUGAAAUGGGUUUUACAUGUGAUGCUUAAAGAAGUUGACACUUGUCCUUUGUCACACAACUGAUAGAAUGGGAAAACAAACUGAAACUCGUCAUUCAAGUCCAGGGAAUGUUUGCCCUGGAAAGAAGUAACUUAAAAAGUAGAAGUAUCACCAAUUUGAAAAUAAAAAUAGCUACUUAAUGUGAAUGUUUAUAAGUUUAUUAUUAUUAUUAAUUUUGUCCACCCAGGUUGGUAAGAAUUUAAACAGUUGACAAGAAUACGGGCAAAUGAACGGGCUUUCUAGUUCACUGUUGGCAGUAGUGAAAAUUGAUACAACCUUUCUAGAAGGCAUUUAUAUCAAAAAUGUAAUGGGGAUACCCUUACCUAGCAAUUUAUUUAGGAGUUUAUCCCAAUGAAUAAAAAUGGCACAAAUGUGUAAACAUGAGCCCAAAGAUGUACUUCAUGAUAUUUAUGUUGUUAAAAAUUGGAAAACAGCCUAAAUAUUCACUAAUAGAAGGUGGAAUAAAUGAGUUAUAGCACUUAUAUACAAUUGAAUAGUAUGCAUCUGUCAUUAAAAAUUUUGUAGUUCUAUGUUUAUUGCUAUGGAAAUUCGUCCCUGAAAUAUUGCAGAAUGAAGAAAGCAGAUUAGAGAAUAGCAUGUUUAAUAUGAGGCCAUUUAUAACAUUGGGUAUUUUAAAACAACAUAGGUUUGAUAAAGAGUUGUUCACCAAAAUGCUAAUGUUUUUUUUUUUUUCCAGUCUGUGGUAUUUGGGGUGGUCUUUACUUUUUUUUGUACUUUUAUGUAUGUGAAACUUUUAUAAUGAGCAUUUAUCAUUUUUAUUAUCAAAAAAGAAUAAAGCUAUUUUUAUUUUGGAAAAAUUUCUCUAUUUGCUUUGUCCUUUGCUGUCUACCUUAGUUGUAUCCUUGGUAAUGAUCUGCAACUAGUAAUAACGCUUGUAUUUCAUUGC